ACUGAGAGGAAAGCAGGCGGAGAAGUCACAGAGGCAAAAAGGGGGGGUCCGAGCACCGCUCUUCCACCGUGGGACUAUUCUGUCAAGAAGAAGAAGGAAAAAAAAGUUGAUCCAAAUCUAUUCACCAGUGCGCGGAGACAGUUACGAUGCGAACCAAAGCGACUUCGUAUACUCUUUUAUUUUCCCCGGACUUUACCGAGCGAUAAAAAAGAAGAGUUUCGGAUAGCUUUUUUUUCUUUCCCCUGCCGUGGUUUGCGAAAGCUGCCUGCAGCUGGGACGAAGUUAAUAUUUACAGAGUCAGUUGACUCUGGCUCCAGCGCCGUAUUCCCCUCUCUCCCCACUGUCACUUACAGUAAACCCAUGUAGUCCAGUCUUCGUCGUUCUUUCCAGAAAUAAGAAAACACCAAAAUGAGAGCUCAGAUCGAGGUCAUCCCCUGUAAGAUCUGCGGGGACAAGUCCUCAGGAAUCCACUAUGGAGUCAUCACCUGUGAAGGCUGCAAGGGUUUCUUCCGUCGCAGCCAGCAGAACAAUGCCAUGUACUCUUGUUCCCGCCAGAGGAACUGCCUGAUUGACCGAACCAACCGUAACCGCUGCCAGCACUGCCGCCUACAGAAAUGUCUGGCUUUGGGCAUGAGCCGAGAUGCGGUGAAGUUCGGCCGUAUGUCAAAGAAGCAGCGUGACAGCCUCUACGCUGAGGUUCAGAAGCACCAGAAGUCCCAAGAGUGUGUGGGGUCUGGAAGCGGGGGCUCUGCCACUCUUUCCUUACCCAGGGAAGAUGGAGUCUGUGGCAGCGGUGGGGAAGAUGGUGAAGAGGGUUUGAGCAGGUCCUACAGCAGCGGCGGCUCCAGCUCCACCCUCAGUGACCUGGAUGACAUCGCCGCGCUGCCUGACCUGUUUGACCUGCCGUUGACACCCGAGGAGGCCAGCGAGUACUGCAGCCUGGAGCUGCUCGGAGGCGGAGGAGCCAGUGCCGGGAACACCUCCAACUCAUCGUCUUCUUCUUCCACUUCCUCGUCUUUGUCCAAUCAGAAUUCCCCACAGCAGACCAUACUGGAUGGCGCGGACAGUAAUGGCAUCCAGCUCCUGCACUCUCACACACAUUCGCUUCUGGGAAACACACAUGCACUGCUGGACCAGCUGCCUGAUGACUGCUCAAUAACAGACCUUGAGCACAUCACUCAGAGUAUUGUUAAGUCGCACUUGGAAACGUGUCAGUACAGCGCCGAAGAUAUGAAGAGAUUCAACUAUGUACAAUAUACACCUGAAGAAAUGCGUACUUUUCAGAACAAGUCUGCUGAGUGGAUGUGGCAGCAGUGUGCACACCACAUUACCAACGCAAUCCAAUACGUUGUGGAGUUUGCCAAACGUAUUGCAGGCUUCAUGGAUCUGUGUCAGAACGAUCAGAUCAUUUUGCUGAAAGCAGGCUGCCUGGAAGUCCUCCUUAUACGUAUGUGCCGAGCGUUUAACAGCAGCAACAACACCAUUUUCUUCAAUGGAAAAUUUGCUUCAGCUCAGUUCUUCAAAGCACUAGGCUGUGAUGAUCUUGUCAGUGCAGUGUUUGACCUGGGGAAAGGACUCUGCCGUCUACAGCUGUCCGACGAGGAGAUGGCUCUCUUUAGCGCUGCUGUCCUUCUAACGCCGGAUCGACCCUGGCUGACAGAAGGCCAGAAGGUUCAGAAACUCCAGGAGAAAGUCUAUCUGGCUCUGCAGCACAGUCUACAAAAGAGUGGCGCAUCUGACGAGAAACUGGACAAGAUGUUGUCCAGGCUGCCUGUAAUGAAGUCCAUCUGUAACCUCCACAUUGAUAAACUGGAGUUUUUCCGUUUGGUCCACCCAGAGACAGCCUACAGUUUCCCACCACUGUACCGGGAAGUGUUUGGCAGCGAGAUGUCUCUGCCGGACUCCACCGACAGCUAGACAGGCAGUUAGGCAAAAGACAGAGAGAAAGAGAGAGAGAGUGUAUUAAGAUGUAGGGAAGCAAAAAAAAAGAGAGAGAGAGACAGAGAAGGGUAAGGAUUUUUAAGAUCCACAACCAGCAGUUAAGAGACAAUCCAGGACUUUAAAUUCUCCGUCUCCUAUGAUCCCAAAGUAGUCCUCCACUUUCCCAGCAGGCAAAAGCACCUUACACUACAGACCACACAUGCUCACGGUCCUCUGCAUAUUGUAGCAUUAACAACACACAUAUGGGUGUAGUAGUAGUAAUAAUAAUAAUAAUAAUAAUAAUGAUAAUAAUACCACAGCAGCCCACUAAGCAUGUAACAGCUGCAAGCUCUAACACAUGUUCAGCAUGUGAUCCACUGCUGAUCACCCAACCAUUUAUGAAUGUACCUCAUCAAUAAGCACCAGUGCACAAGCGAGAAACAAACAACAGAGAAUGUACAACCCUGCCACUUUCGAGACAGAGUUUUACAAAUAGCGUUUGUAUAAAGUUGCGUCAAGUAACAAGUCUCCCUGUUCUUGCAGCUCUUAGUCGAUAUUCAUGCAUCUCAGUAUGGUACGUCCGCGUAUUCAUACAGACAGCAUCCUUGUACUGACCAUCACUUAGGGACCAAGAUCAUGAGUCAAAAUUUGUGGGGUUUUUUCUCCAUGACUCACAGCUUCGGCUGAACUCAAAAAGCUAAGUACCAGUUUCACUUACUUAUUUAGACAGUGUUUGGUGCUGCCUUUUUGUAGGCUCUUGUAAUGCAAUGACAAACCUCAGUCCCACGCACCCCCUUCCUUGUAAAUGCCACUUAGUGACAGGACAUAAUGAAAUUAUCUUUAAUUUAUAUACACAUUUAUAAAAGAAAUAUUUUAAAUAAGAAUGUAAAUAGAUAAUAGUAUAUAAGUGUAUGGAGAGAGUUAGAAUGUGUGAGUUCCGUUUGGCAUGAGAGGGAGAGAGAAGAGGAUAGCAAGAUGUGAGAGGAGGAUUUUUUUUUCUUUUUUUAACGGAUGGAUAUGUGAGGAGAACUGAUAUUUGGACUGGAAUUUUUUUUUUUUUUUUUGCCUGGAUGAUUUUUCCUCUCCUGACAAUACUCUCAGGUUUGCACGGCAACCAACAACCCCGACCGGGCAAAGGCGCGGCCGUCACCCCAAGCGACGGGUUGGACAUUUGCUGCAGAUGCAACACAGCAGGGGGGGCGGUGUUCUCGAACUUAACGAAACAAACAUUGUUUUGAAUUUGAACUGUCAGCUUUCGGUUUGCACUGUGGCGUCCCGUCCCUCCGCCCUCCCCUCUGCCUAAAAAGACAAGAGGAUAAACAGUAAGGAAACGAGAAUGCAAAAAGGCAACUGACGACUUCAGGAACUGCAUAACACAAGCGGACAGACCAGGACUGCCCACCUGUUUCUAACCAGCAGUCAGUACACAGCUAAACUGUCUUCACUCACAGUGUUUCAGGUGGUUAAAGGCCGGGAUAACGAUGGUCCAUAAUAUGUAUCAUUAACCUUCUUUGCUGGUUGGUGCAACUGUAUUAUUUUGUACAUUUGCUGUUCCUCUCUCCUCCUGUAGUCCCAAACCCGACACUUGUCUUAUUACAAAGCACUUAUACUUUUCCUCGUUCUCAUUGGACACUAGUCUAAGGCCAGACAGAGCUACCAGCUGCCCCCCUGAGUUGGGCUUCAAUGCCAGUUAAGACUUCAUUUAAUCUGUUGAGCUAUUUUUAUCUUUUGUUAGAAGCCUGUCACACAAAAGUCACCCAUAACUGUUUACAUUUUUGAUGUACAUAAAUAACACACGUUCUAAAGGUUCUAUUUUAGCAUAGAGAUGGGGAUAAAUGUCUUACGAUGGGCGAUGGUUGUCGAGCAGAGUCCGAGGACCUGCUGCCUGCUGCUCAGGGAGCUAGCUGUGAUCUCCUGUCCCUUUAUUGCCAGUGUCGUCUUUUAGCCUUGUACUCCUCACACCUUUGCACCUAAGAUGAAACGCAUAACCAUAAUCACUGUGGACGUAAGUUAUUUUUGUGAAUGUUACUCACAAAGUGUCAAAGCCCUUCCCGUUUGUCCUAAUAUUGUAACUUUAAAUUUAAGAUGCAUAGGAUUACAAAAAAUAAAUAAAUACAGUAAAUAAGUUAGUUCAGGAUGAAUUUCGUUAUUGGGGUUUAAUGUUUCUUUUGCUGUGAUUUUCAUUUAUUUGUCUUUUCUCCACAUUUUUUUUUCUUUACGUGUCUCCACUUUCGUCUUGUAAAGUCAGUGAUCUAUUUUUUUUUUAAUUGAAGAAAGAAAACUUCAAACAAAAAAAUGUUUGUCUCCCUUCUCUUUCCCUGUAUGACAAAAUGUACAAGAGGUAUAUUACUAGUCCGAGAGUCACACAGCUCAAUAUACAGUAUAUUGUUGUCCAAUGGGAUACAUUAUAUGUGGUUUUAAGAAUGUAAUAAAUUGUUUCUUUUUCUUUUGAA